AGCCUUAUUAGAGAUAGUGGUCUGCAGGACGCCUGCUCUCUACAUCUCUAGUCUCUAUACCGUUCCGACUUCCAAUAGGUCCACCUCCACAGAAUCACCUAGAGCUGACGGCCGCUUCUCGUCUUUGUCGUUUUUUUUAUUUUCUCCUCGCCUCCGUCGGAUAACAGACAACACAUCCAGGCUUUGAGCUUCUUAGUUGCCAGCUUUUUUAAGUGGGAACCAUUUGAUAACGUCAGUCAAUUAUGUCAUAUUCAUCGAAAUACAUCUAUGCUACACUGCCUAGGACUCAAAGAGGCUCUCCAAUUGUCCUCGGUGGUGAUCCAAAAGGAAAGAACUUUUUGUACACCAAUGGCAACAGUGUUAUAAUAAGGGAUAUAGAUAAUCCUGCACUUUCUGAUGUAUACACAGAACAUUCUUGUAAUGUCAAUGUUGCCAAAUACUCCCCAAGUGGAUUUUACAUUGCUUCUGGAGAUCAAUCUGGAAAAGUCAGGAUAUGGGAUACCGUGAACAAAGAGCAUCUUUUAAAAAAUGAAUUCCAACCUAUUGGUGGCCCUAUUAAAGAUAUUUCGUGGUCACCUGACAGCCAGCGGAUGGUGGUUGUCGGUGAAGGGAGAGAGAGGUUUGGACAUGUGUUCAUGACUGAAACUGGCACAUCGGUAGGUGAAAUCGCUGGUCAGUCAAAACCUAUCAAUUCUUGUGAUUUUAGGCCAGUCCGGCCUUUUAGAGUUAUUACCGGCUCAGAAGACAACACCAUCGGAGUGUUUGAAGGUCCUCCUUUUAAAUUUAAAAUGACCAAGAAGGAUCAUGCAAGAUUUGUUCAAGCUGUCAGAUAUUCUCCGAAAGGAGAUCUUUUCGCUUCUGCCGGUUUUGAUGGUAAGGUGUUUCUUUAUGAAGGGACCAAUGCAGACUUAAUUGCUGAAAUUGGAAGCCCUGCUCACAAAGGAGGUGUCUACGGGAUUGCAUGGAAACCAGACGGAACCCAAUUUCUUACCGCUUCUGGUGAUAAAACGUGUAAACUGUGGGAUGUUGAAACUAAAACGGCAAUUUCAGAGUUCAAUAUGGGCUCUCAAGUUGAGGACCAGCAAGUUUCCUGUCUUUGGCAAGGACAACACAUUCUUAGUGUUUCACUUAGUGGUUUUAUAUCUUAUUUAGAUGUUAAUAACCCUGCCGUGCCUAUUAGAGUCGUUAAAGGUCACAACAAGUCAAUUACUGUCCUUUCAUUAAGUCCAGAUAGAAAAACAAUAUAUACAGGGUCUCAUGACGGCUACAUUACUUACUGGGAUGCAAAGACGGGCGAAAACGACAGAAUCAGUGGUGUCGGACAUGGAAACCAAAUAAACGGAAUGAAAUGCGAGGGGGACUGGAUGUACACCUGCGGUAUCGACGAUUCUGUCAAACAAAUCAAUGUAAAUGCCAAGAGUUACACGUCGGUGGAUAUCAAACUUGGCGCCCAACCAAGAGGAAUGGAUGUCAAAAAUGAUGUCAUCAUAGCAGCAACUGUUAAAGAAGUUGUUGUCAUAAAAGAUAAUAGAAAAGUCAGUAGCACUCCAGUCGACUAUGAACCUUCUUGUGUUUCGAUUAACCCCGAAGAGCAGUAUGUUGCAGUUGGUGGAACCCAAGAUAACAAGGUUCACAUUUAUGAACUGAAUGGGACCCAGCUAGUCGAAAAGACUACUUUGGAACACUUAGGCCCAGUAGCAGACUGUGCAUUUUCUCUUGAUGGUAAACAUCUAGUCGCUUGUGAUGCAAAUAGAAAAGUGAUACUUUACAAAGUCCCAGAAUUUCAGCUGGCUCAUAACAAAGAAUGGGGCUUCCACAAUGCGAGGGUUAAUUGCGUAGCUUGGUCUCCAAAUUCCCAGCACGUUGCGAGUGGGAGCCUUGACACUUCAAUCAUCAUUUGGAGUGUUCUCCAUCCGGCCAAACAUACCAUUAUCAAAAAUGCUCAUGCCCAGAGCCAGAUCACGAGGUUGGUCUGGUUGGAUGACGAGACGUUGGUGUCUGUUGGACAAGACUGCAACACCAAGAUUUGGGAAAUUGCACCCAUAUCUUAACCACCAUUUGCAUUAUCCUAAUUAUAUUUAAGAAAUAUUUAUUAAACAUAAUUAAGAAGAAAGAAUUCAUGAUAAGAUUUAACGCGACAGAAAACUGUAACUUUUUAUUUUUUUCUUGUGAUUUUAACAUAAGGUUGAUUUGAGCUUAUUUUCCAUUUUAUUUUAUUUAUUAAAUUUUUUUUAAGCCUUAACUAACAAGAUUUUUUUUAAACUGCUUUUUGUUCUACAACACAGCAAUUUUGACAUUGGUGCUAAAUUUUAUUCAGUUCGCCUUUCAGUUUGAUUAGUUUUUCAAAAGAUUUAAUCGCACCAAAGUUUUUCUCACGGGGAGAUUUUAGUUUAUUAAGUUUUCAAAUUAAAAUUAAGAGCAACAACCUAGUCUAUUUUCACGUUUUGUUUAUUGAAAAGUUUUCAAGCAUUUAUCUAUUGAGUUCCUUUUUGACUUAUAUUUUUGUACCCUUAGGGUUAACAUUUUUUGUUAGAAGGAAAUUGUGCAACAUUUCCUUUUCUUCAGCUCAAUCAAAUUUCGAUUUUGUCAUAAUAAUCAAAAGAAAGGGUUGGCCAAACUAAAAGUAUUCUUUAUCUUUUUUAACAAACGAUAGAUGGUACUCUUAAUAGUAUUAAGGUAAAACUAUUUUUUGUCUUCUAUUUUGAAAAAAAA